AGCGCCGAGCCGGGCACGCUGUGGCGGAGCUGGGGCCGGGCCGGGACCAUGGGCGCCCCGCACCUCACCUGCCUCCAUCCGCGGUCCCGCCCCUCCAGCCCGCUCCUGCCCGGCCCCCGCACUCCUGCCGCCUGAUUCCUGCCGGAACUGGAGCUCGCAGGAUCCCCCUUCCCCGGCAGUGGCGAGCCAGCUGGUCUCCAGAAGGCCCGCGGGUGAACCCGAGUGUGGAGCAGGCAGUGCCCAGCCAGCCUCACAGAUGUGACGUGACUGUGGCUGGAGCUUGGCAACAACUCCUCCUCGGAGGUGCCCCGUCUGGACAUCUGUGCGAAGAGGGUCUAAAGCAGGUGGUUUGAAAAGCCUCGUGUUCCCUGGAGAGAGGAGGAGAUGCAGGGUGACAGCCGGAAAGCCAGUGCAUGAACCUGCCGCAUCCCUUCUCCUCGCUUUCAGAUGUGUUCCUGAUCCGAGGUGAAACCAUGAAGAGAAGAUAAAACAAAUAAUAAUGUUUUUCCGCAAUCGCUUCGUGCUGCUGCUGGCCCUGGCUGCGCUGCUGGCCUUCGUGAGCCUCAGCCUUCAGUUCUUCCACCUGAUCCCAGUGUCAGCAGCUAAGAAUGGAGUGACUAGCAAGAAUCGAAAGAGGAUCAUGCCUGACCCGGUGACGGAGCCCCCCGUAAUGGACCCCGUUUAUGAAGCCCUUUUGUACUGCAACAUUCCACGUGUGGCCAAGCGCAGCAUGGAAGGUCACGCUCCGCAUCAUUUUAAGCUGGUCUCAGUGCAUGUGUUCAUUCAACAUGGAGACAGGUACCCACUGUAUGUCAUUCCCAAAACGAAGCACCCAGAAAUUGACUGCAGUCUGGUGGCUAACAGGAAACCGUAUCACCCUAAACUGGAGGCUUUCGUGAGUCACAUGUCCAAAGGAUCCGGAACCUCUUUCGAAAGCCCCUUGCACUCCCUGCCUCUUUACCCCAGUCACCAGCUGUGUGAGAUGGGAGAGCUCACGCAGACAGGGAUCGUGCAGCAUCUGCAGAAUGGCCAGCUGCUGAGGGACAUCUAUCUGAAGAAACACAAACUCCUGCCCAGUGACUGGUCCACAAAGCAGCUUCACUUAGAGACCACUGGCAAAAGCCGGACGCUGCAGAGUGGGCUGGCUCUGCUUUAUGGCUUUCUCCCAGAUUUUGACUGGAAGAAGAUUUAUUUCCGGCACCAGCCCAGCGCUCUGUUCUGUUCUGGGAACUGCUACUGCCCGCUGAGGAACCAGUACCUGGAAAAGGAGCAGCGUCGGCAGUACCUGUUGCGUUUGAAAAACACGCAGCUGGAGAGGACCUACGAGGAGAUGGCCAGGAUCGUGGACACGUCCACCAAGCAGCUCCGGGCCGCCAACCCCAUAGACGCCAUGCUCUGCCUCUUCUGCCACAACGUCAGCUUCCCCUGCACCAGGAAUGGCUGUGUUAACAUGGAGCACUUCAAGGUGAUCAAGAGGCAUCAGAUAGAGGACGAGAGAGAGAGGCAGGAGAAGAAACUGUAUCUGGGGUACGCGCUCCUGGGCGCCCACCCCAUCCUGAACCAGACCGUGGGCAGCAUGCGGCGCGCGGCCGAGGGCCGGAAGGAAGAGCUCUUCGCGCUCUCCUCUGCUCACGACGUCACUCUGGCCCCGAUUCUCAGUGCCUUGGGCCUUACAGAAGCCAGGUUCCCGAGGUUCGCGGCCAGGUUGAUCUUUGAGCUCUGGCGAGACAGAGAGAAGCCCGGCGAGCACUCCGUCCGGGUUCUCUACGACAGUGUCGAUGUCACGUUCCACACCUCCUUCUGCCUGGAUCACCACAAGCGGUCUCCCAAGCCCAUGUGCCCCCUCGAAAACUUCGUCCGCUUUGUCCAAAGGGACAUGUUCGUGGCCCUGGGUAGUGGUAGCACUAAUUAUUAUGAUGCGUGUCACAGGGAAGGAUCCUAAAAGGUACGUGGUGCGGCGCCAACAGAAUCU